AUGUCAAUUGUUCUUCUUUCCAGAUAUCCUUCUCAUAUCUCAUCUCCCUACAAGGAUGAGUGGGAAUCCAAGCUCGGUGAGCUCCUCGCUGAGCUACCCAUUGUCUUGGACGAUGACGAGGAGAUGGAAAGGAAACGCAGGGUUUCCGUGGAGGAGAUUCGGGCCAUGGUUGCUAGCAGGUGCAUGGAGCUAUGUCAUGGCACCAACGGGCCCGAUCGGAGACUAGAUCUUGAGUCUACGAAGCAAGGGUUCUUGGACCACUUGACCAAGCUGAAAGAAAUCCACGGCCCUGACAUGGUGUUCGGUCCAUGUCCCUGCAGCCAAACCUCCGAGGAACAGGGUGGAGACCUGAAACGGUCGAGUACCAGCCAGAGUUUGCAGUCUGAUUCCACUUCUUCUGCUGCCUCCACAGAUAGCUCUGUCAAACACAAGCUUUUUUACCUGUGCAAAGAGGGAACAGUCUGGACCGUUGUGCAGGUUGAGAAGGCCUACGAAGGCUACCGGUGUUACCUAUCAUGCAAUGAGUGGUAUACCUUGCGCACACCAUUCUCGCAAUGGUACACGAAGAACUGGAAUAUUUCAGCGCUGGAAAUCGGAGAAGAGUUGGGCAUGGGUGAGAGACAUGUGUGCUUCGAAAGCGUAGCUGGUGCUCAGUCCACUGGUUCGGCUUCACUCCCAGUGGAUGGUGCGACAUCGCUUGGGAUCUUGCAGGUCUUGGCUUCGGUGCUUCCUGCAAAUGGUUUGCAAGCAGCGGCUAUUCAGCAGUGCUACGAGAUUUUGGCAUUUGUGAGCCACUUCAUGUCAGUGAAUGUCACUUUGUUUCCCUUGGGGCAGCGUGUCGAAUGCGAGCUCGCGAUCACAAACAAUGAGAUGAAUACCAAGCAACUUCAGGUUGUCCUAAAGCGUGCUGGGUUGCAGUGGUUCAGGCCAGGGUUCACGUUUCACAAGAAAUUGCCGAAACCUUGCCAAGACACAGUGAAUCUGGCCAGUUGCCUGAUCUCUCUCUUCCGUGUGCGAGCUGAGCAAAGUUUCUGGUUAGCCAGCCCAGCUGUUCGACGUCUGACAAAGACCCUUGCAUCUUGUUUUGCCCAGCAUGCUGAGCUAGCCAUUGAGAAGGCCAUGCGACGGGAUUGCCCCGACCCUUGCCUUGAAUCCAAGUACCACCCUUUCACAGCAAGUUCCAGAAGAAAAGGGUCGAAGGCUCUACAGAUGGUCUUGAUUCAGCGCUUUGCGGCGAAGGGAGGUGGAUUUGUGACAUGCAAACAUGAACAAAGUCUUCAAAGUCUUGGUGUAGUUCAAGCAGGCAGCAGCUUGGCCACUAGGACGGCUAGCGAGUACUGUGUGAGAGCAUUGUGCGCAACAGCCAACUUCUGCGCAGACUACAUUGACAAUGCACGCCUGAAGGUAUUGAGUGUCAUUCUUCGACUCAAUGGGAGGCAUUUCUCUGCUCCCACGCAGCUUCUCCCGUCCGGUGCUGACCCAGAGGAAUGUGUGGAUGCAAUGAAAACGUUCACUGAAGCUUUGAAGGUUGCAGCUGGUACUCCUCAGGGUGAAAAUGUGAAAGUUCCCCCCGGCUCUUUUUCUUGGAAGUCCUAUCGUCAGGCAACGAAAGCUACUCUUGCUGGCCUGUCGAACUCGCUUCGGAACUGCCUGCCAGCAUCGUGGAGCUUCACAAAAUGCCUUCCACCGAAUGUGCUGUCUCCUGCGGCUCUUCACAGCGACAGGAUCUCCAUGAUUCCGCUGGAGAAGCAGAUGUACGGGAUGGAUGGCAGCAAGAACUUGUUUUUCAACUAUUGCUACAAGAGCUUCAAGUCUGAGCCGCAGUUCUACCUGCACGAGAACUUUCAUCGUUUGAUUUUUAGUGCGGACGAGGGGACUGAGGCACAUUCAGAUGUUCAGCCGUUUGGAUUCCUGGGCUUUCUCCACUUGGCGAACAGCAACUUGUACGUGCUGAUGUGGCCUGACAUCUUCCACAAGAUCAACAGACGGGUUGCUCAGGCCCUCAACCACCCUGAAUGCGCAGAGCUGAAGUUACUACUCAAGCAAGCCAUGAAACUUUUUCGCUUCAGCAGAGCACCUUUCAGCACGGGAAGGUUUGGACAGAUGAUUUCCGAGGCUCGAGUUGACCUUUUGAGAGCGUUGAAGGCUGGCGAAAUGGAAGAGCUGGUCGACAUGUGGCUGUCAGGGGUUGCAAAGGAUCGUGGUGUGCAGGUGCUCGCGGAUGACUCCAACCAAGACAAGCUUCGCUCAGUUGUCAUUUGCUUCAAGCCUCUUCGCGAAUACUUGGGCCAAGUGGACGCGGACAUGCAGCGCAAGCCAACCGCUUCUGUGCAGCACAGUGUCUACCUUGCGAGUGGGAAAAGCGUGCAGAAACUCAUCUCGAGAACUGUGGCUUCAGCAACCUCGCGAGAGUCACUCCUUUUCAUCGGAGCUUUGUGUGAUGAUGAGGAAGCCACCGACAAACUGAAGCUUCAUUCCUCUCUCUUGUUGGCCAUUUUGGGGGCCCUGUGCGAUCUCGACAGCAAUCACCGUGCACUUCCUUGGCGGGUUUCUGUCGCUAUUGACCAUACACAGUUGCCAUCCUUGCUGAAGUUCAUGGAACAGGAAUGGUUCUUUGUGAAUGCCGUCAUUGACACUCUCGAUGACAAGGAGCCAUUGUGGAGAUUGCUGAGCCAUACACGCUGGCAAGUCUACCGUGAUUGCAUGACGAAAGGGGAGCACUUUGGUUUCAGCUUGGCAAGGAUCAACUCACCUGCUGCAGCUCCAUUCCUUGACGUUGUUCGCAUUGUGUUGGGGCUGACCUCGUCUGAUGAGAAGCAGUCUGACUCCUUGCUAUCUUCUCUUCACAGCGAACUGUGCUUCAACGAUUUGAGAGAUGCAUGCAAGAGAGGAAGCAAGAAAGAACGACAGAGCCCAAGCAAUUUCCACUGUGUCAGCAUGAAAUCUUGUGCCCGACGCAGCUCUGGUUGCUUGACUGUUGAAGUUGAAGAUUCUGACUGGCAAGAUCCUCUCCCUCGAAAGCACAUCCAGAGUUCGGUGUUGAGCGCUCUCCGCCUCACAGAUAGAAGCCUGGGAAUCCCCACAAGCGGCCUUACAAAAUGCAAAGCUCCCUUGCUUACGAAGCCGCAUGUCCUGUCUCAGAGGCUAGGACUUCUGAAGUGCUUGCAGAGAAUCUUUGAAGCUUGCAGUGGGUCCUUGGAAGAAAAGCGUGACAUGGCCCUGAAUGCUUACCACGACCUGUGGCUUAGCAAACUUGUGGUGGAACACACUCUGAUCCGAGUCAAGAAUGAGAGCAAAGAGUUUGCUUCCCACCCAGACUUGGUCUUGACGGCUGGACCCUUCACCAUCUUGACCAUAGCCUUGACCCCUGCUUCUGCUCAUGAGCCUGAGCUCUACCGACUUUGCACAAACACUGAGGAGAAAAUUGUCACAGACCUGACCAAGUUUGAGCUUGCGCUUUGUGAGCCGGUGGUUGAAGAGGGCACCAUGUCCUUUCGUGCUAAGGGGGAGUACCUGUCUUUGAUAGACUUUACGGCGCAGCAUGGGAUUCUCACCAUAGCCCCUGGUGUCUUGCGCAGUCUCAUGGCAAGAAUGAAGAUCAAGAAAGCCGGGAGUCUGACUCACCGACUGAGGGUGGAAUUGUUUCUCCAAACAGAGGAAGAGCCUGGAGACGAAGACUGGGAUCGUUUGGACGGGCAAUCCGAAGACGAAGAGCUGGGUGAAAUGGUGAAUGUUGUUUGUGGCAUGUGUGAUGAAAAGGAUGAUGACCGGCAAGGUGAUCAUGAACCUGUGGCAGAGAGGAAGCCAGAGCCAGAUGUGGUUCCGGUGGAAGAACCCAAGGAUCCCGUAGCAGAACCUGAAACAGUACGAGCUGAUGCUGGAAAAGUUCAUGCUGACCAAUGUGCACGAGGGCGUCCGGAGGGUGAAUGGCCACCAGGAUCAAAGCCAUAUUUUGGCAACCCUGCCACUAGCUCUCCGUUUGUCCAGUGCUACUUGCCACAGGGCUUUGUGUUUCAAGGCCGAAAAUCAAAGUCCCUGAGCUUUCAAGAGGGACCUGCUAGCACAGUUCGUGGCAUCUGCCGCUCAAAGGAGGCAGCCAUUCUCGGUGUACAGACAUGGGCAUGGCAAUGGUUCAACAGUCUCAAAAAGGAAGACAAGAGCUCCCUGGUUGAGACGGAUGCUUUGGCUGAAAGACCAGCCAAGAAAGCUCGCGUCAACUGA